AUGGCCCGAACGAUGGACCCGACCUCGACGAACUGCCUCUUCUCGGCUCAGCUGCAGCAGCCUUUCGCCACGCCUUGGACCCAGGAGGACGCCUGGCACAACGUCUACUCCUGGAUCAACUCUCAGGUUUCCUUUUUUCUUUGAUUUCUUGUGAAUUUCGAGGUUAGCUUGGUGUGUCUGUGGGGAUUUUGGUUCUUUUUUUUUGAUUUUUUGAGAAUUUUAAGCUUUACUGGACUUGGAUAGUUAUUGUGGUUUCACCUGAUUUACUAAAAUUAUUUCUUGAAGAUUUUCAAUUUUUAUUAAACUUGGUUAGAGGAUGGUUUCUGUUGAGUUAUUUUUUUAUUUUUUGAAAUUUUAAAGUUUUAUGGGACUGGCAAGUAAGUUCAUGUUUUUUUGAGUUGUUUUAAUUUUUCCAAUUUAUUUCAAAGCAAUCCGGUCACUAAUUUAUUGUAGUAGAAUCUUAAAAAGCGGGUUUUUUGAAGCUUCAGAUAAUAUUUUAGUGGAUUUUUUCCUUGCUUUGACUGGACCUGGCCAGUAUGUCUGUCCGGCGGGAUCUUCUUUUGAUCUUAUUUUAAAUCUUGCUUUCUGAUUUUUCUAGUGAUCUCCCCUACUAUUACUUGAUUUUUUUUUCUCUCUUAAGGGCCAGAUUAGCCCCAGCUUUUUCAAAAAUUCGCCUUAUUUUUGACCCUUUCUAUACGGUUAAAGCUCAACUGAAAAGAAAAAAAACUUUGAGAAACAUAAAAAAAACCCUUUUUUUCCUACAAUUUCUCAGUUUUCAAAUCAAUUAAAAACCUAAAAACCAAAGAACACAUUGAAGUACCGAUUUUCACGUGUGCCUGGGGUCUGGGUCUAGGUCUGAAGGUCCAAGGCCGAAAUGCCAAGUCAAAAAGCAAAAGAAAAAGUACUCUUUUGCCGACGCCGCCACGUACAAGUGCAACACACGAACGUCCGCACUUUUUGCCGUCUUUUCUCUUUUUUUCGACCUUUUUCCUUGCCGAAUCGACUUUGACUUCUUUGCCCCCUUUCCAGUGCCAGGUACUAUCUGUUUGAGUAAACUUUUUGGGGACUGACUGGCUGAGGUUUUUUUGUUUGCAAAAGCGCUGGAAAUCUUUUUUUCGGGUUUCGGCGGUUACUUCCGCAUUGAGCUUUGGUUUGGAAAGUCAUUGAUUUUUUUGGAUUUAUAAAUCGGGAUGAAUUUGAAGAUAAACAAGAGAAUGAGAAGAUAGGAGUGAGAAAAAUAUUAAAAAGUGUUAAUUUUUAAAGCAUGCUCUGAAGGUAGAUUCACAGUGUGAAUACGGUUUUAAAAAGUAUAGGUUGGAAAACAAUUAUUUCUGAAAUUUGAAAGGAGCAUAGGAUACCUCUGUAAAGGUCUCGAACCGAAAAGCUUUUUUUUCACAUUUUUAUCGCUCAAGCCUUCAGAUUGAAGCUCCUAGCAAGGCCUUUUUUAUUCGACAUUCCCUGUAGGGGCUACUUCAUUUUUUGAAUUCCAAGAAGGGAGAGUUUUCUUUCAAACCAAGUUUUCUGGCUUUUUCUUACAAGGAACUGAACUCCUAUCAAAAGAUGUUCUUUUUCCAUCUUCGAGACUCUUUUUUCCGUUCCACGCCGCGCAAUUUCCGCAGCGAUUACAUAACGGUUUUAGCCUAGAAAGUCAAAGAUGCGUUUGGCCUACUUUUCCCCCUUUUUUCUUCUUCGAUUCGUUUUUAGACCGAGAUAAAUUGGGCGAUUGCCUUUUUUUUCCUCUCUGCGGGGAAGUUGUAAGAGGAAAAGAAUUUUGAAGAAAAUCGCAAGGUACCAUCACUAUAGAGCGAACAUGCUCAAAUCGUCGCGGCUGUUUUUUCUCAGUUUUUUUUCAGCUUUUCUUUCUGAAUCGUUUAGUGUUUAUCGUCGCUACGAAAAAUUUAGACAUAUAGAAGAAAAAGAAGCAAUUUUUGUCAGUGGAGCACAUUCACUCUAACUCUAUCGCGGCUUUUUUUUCUCAGCUAGUUUUUCCUAGCUUUUUGCACAGAUGUCCAUUCUUUCUGAGCAGAAAGGAAAAAACCUCGAAAAAGAAGGGAAAGACACCCCCGCGACGUUCCAACAGGCGCCUGGUACUGCGAGUGGCACCCACGUGAUUUUGUGCAAAUUUUGAUUUUUGAGUGGUCAUUUGAGGAUUUAUCGUUUUUGGAAUUGCUGUAUCAAAUCAGAAUUCUAUUUUUCAACGAAAAAAAAAGGAAGAAUCCCAAAUGUUUCGAUGUCGAUUCUGACAGUUUCCAAAGUCAUGUGUGCUUUUUUCUUCAAUUUCUUCAAACUUGUUUCCUUUUUUGAUUAAACUUCAGUUAAAUCUCUUUUAAAGUUUGUCGAAAUCUGUAGAAUACGAAUAGUUUAACCUCGAAAUCGGCGGCCUCGGAAAAAAAAGCGAUCACAUCACUUUCCCUUUACUUUCUCUGUGAUGGUUUUUCCGUAUAAGGGUCAGCCGGCCGAACAAAUAAUACUUUCACUUUUUGGAUGAGAGUGGUCAUUUUAGGAGUUUUUCAAAUCAAUAAUUGUAGUUUAAUUGAGCUUAUCCUUUUUAUUUCAAUGGUUAACUUGAAAUUUUAAUGAAUAUUUUUGAUUUUUUAAGAAAAAAUACUUGAAGCUUUGAGAUCAUUUUGGAUCAUUUUCAUAAGCAUAUAAGGCGACUGAGCUUUUGAAAUCUAUAUUUUCUGCUCUAUUUUUGGUUAAUUACCUUGAAAACUUUCGAAAAUCGCGAUAAGAGAAGACUCUAGUUGUCAACGGAAAUUUGAACGCGUUGCUCAGGUUAUCGCGGCGUUUCUCAGGGUCACAAAAAGGUUUAAACAGAGAGGUUCCAACCUUGCAGCGUGGUGAAGGUGCCACUCAGUGCCGGGGCAGGAGACAACGAGGAAACGAAAAGAAAUAGAAACGAAAAAGAUUCGACCAGAGGCUCAUAACUCUGACAAGGUCGGGCGAGUUGUAUCUUUGAGAUUAUCUUUGAUUUUCUCGCGUCAAUUUUAAAAAAAUUUUCUGGCCCUUGAUUUCAAUCCUUUAAUGGUUGGUCCUGAACGACGGAAACUAAGGAAAGAAUUUGGAAGGCGUCUCGAGACGAUUUGAAGUAAAAUCAAGACAAAAUAGUGUGGAAAAAGUGGAGGUUCAGAGUAUCUCCAGUAUCUCUACCAAGCUCAAUAGUCCAUGACCAUUUCCCCUCGUGCUUCUAGUCCAGUUAAAACCACUCAACCACCUCUAAGCUGAGCAAUACGAUGCACGUUUCCGUGUUAUUACACGUGUUGUUUGUUUGGUUUAAAGGUGUGGCGCCUGGUGGUACGAGGCUUCGAAAAAAAAAAGAGAAGUAGGAGGUGGAAUGGACGGCCAUAAGUGACGUCACCACCUGCGCGACACGCGCUGAUGUACCAGGACGUGUCGUGCCGAGGUACGCCCGCGGGAAAGAUGGUCCGUCCGUUUCCACGGAGAUCUCUGGGUCUUUUACAUGCUGAUGCUCAUGUUAGGGGUGGAGUUGGUACGAUUUGAAUGGAAGCCUGAAAGGACGGGUCAUGUUGUUCUUGUUCAGAGGGGAAGUUGGAGCUUAUUGCUCAUGUUAUAGGUCGAGUCGGUAAGAUUUGAGUGGUAGUUUGGGAAAGCUAGUUAUUUUGGUAUUGUUCAAACAGAAAUUUGCAAAUUUAUUGCUCAUGUUAUAAGAGAAAGAAGCUUUUGAAACGUUCCUAAAGUUACCUAGAAGUUAAUUGCUCAGGUUGCAGGUUAUCUAUAGCUUUUUUUCGAGUCAUCAGAUGAUAUUUUAUCAUAUAAAAAACUUGUUGAUACGUUUUUUUGAAUCAGAGUCUGAUCAGAAAGUCUCAGAUUAAAAAUCAAUCUUUUAGACCUUUGAAAGACUAAAAAUCAGGAAGAUAACGAAAGCAAAGAAAGAAAGGUCAAAAAGGUGGCAAUGAAGGACUCGAGACGUUCGGAAAGUUGAGAAGUUUGCACUUGGCCAGCGGCAAAAAGAGUUCCAUGUGGCAUUCACGUGAAAAAUUUCCUUUCUUAUAUAUUUUUUCUUGGCUUUUGAAGGAAUUGACUAUAUUCGAACUCACUUGAACCUUUACCUGAACCAAUAAAAGUUGCGAAAGAAAGUGCAGAAAAAAGCAAAUAGUUUCGGUGCCUGGCAGUGCCAUUCACCUGCCAAAGGUGAACUGCACUUUUAGCGAUAGUCUAUUGGCUGAAUUGGGGAUUGAUGAGGUGAGAGAUCAAGGUUCGAGUCCGGGAAAGGUUUUCGCCAGGUUCUCCUACUUUAAAAUAAAGCUUGUUUCCAUCCCAAUUUUUUUCGUCGACCACCCAGACAGCUUUUUUCUGCAGCGGCGCUUUUUAUUACCCUUUGUCCUUUUUUUAAUCCGCUAAAUUACCCUCCGGCGCAGAUUUUUUUUUUCAGUUGUCGUGUAACAUAAAUCCGAAUGAGUUUUUUUUUCGGUCGUCCCUUGAGCCUUUUUUGGUGCAUAAUGACUUUUUUCGGCCCUUUUAUGGCACUUUUUCCGAUGAACUUUUACUUUUUUGGAGAGAGGAGGUUUGGAGGGUGUAUUUAAUCUUGCUUACACUUUUUUUAAAAAAUAAAAAAAGUAGGAGAAAAAGGGUCUAUUUGAAAUUGAAAUUGAGCGUGAAUGGAAAUCAAUAGUUUUUUUCUCUUUGAGAAGGAAUUUUGAAAUAAGUUUUGAAAAAAACAAUACCAAUUUUUUUCAAGUAUUCAUAUUUAUCGAACUUAGCUGAAUUAUAUGAAGCCGAAAAAUCAUGGUAAAAAAAGUGUAAAUUCACGAAAUCUUUUCUUUGGUAUCUCGAUUACCGCUGCUGCAGCAAGAGGGGUUGAGUACGCAUUGCAUUGCGUCGACCGCCAGCUGGGGGUAUAGCUCAGUGGUAGAGCGCUCCCUUAGCAUGGGAGAGGGCUGGGGUUCAAUUCCCCAUACCUCCAUAACGUUUUUGCAGCUUCAAUAUACUUUCUUUUCGUUCACUGAAAGCUUUCGUUAAUAAUUUUGAACUCCAUCAAUGACCUUCUAGCUAUAAAAAUUAACUUUUAUUAGUAUUUCCUCGAAUUUUUUCAGCAAUAAGAACUACCAGUUGGAUCAACAUCAUACGCUUAUUUGAAAUCAGCUUUUCUUAAACUUUUCUUAUAAUCAUUUUCACAUUUUGGUCGCCCUUUGAAGUUUUUUUCUCGCUGUUCCUUUCUUUGGUAACACAUCAAUCAUUUUGAAAGUUUCCCAGAGGUUUCAUGAUGAUUCAAAAGAAAAAAAAAUGCCGGUUUUGACCGCCGUGCUAGGCACGAGGAAUUGUCGCAGCUGACGAGAACGCCCUUGUCUCGACCUUUCAAGGUCUUUUUCCGUGUGUGUUGGUGUCCUUUUCUUAUUUCCAAAAAAAAAAAAAAUGUAAUGAGAACGUCUCGGAACGGAGGCUGUAAAAAUUUAAUGGCUUUUUGAGUUGUGAUCUUGGAACUUCUAAGGCGAAUACAAUUAUUUUGUAUACUUCUCUGAAGAAAUUAUCAUAUAUUCUUAUUUUCAGUCGAACGACUCGGAAGGCGGCGACAGUGUCCGCUCCUCGACGUCGUCUCAGCCGCAGAAUUCGCCAAAAAGCGGUGGUGGAUACGUCUACGACGACUUGGAGCAUCCGCUGCUCUGCGAUGCUCCGUCGUCGCCUUUCGACCCUUUCGACACCAGCUCCCGACCUUCGCCGCUCAAUUUCGCUUCUGCUCCAGCCCCGGCAGCCAACAACAACAGCUGGCUGUUCAAUCAGAACCAGAACCAGAACCAAGGCUUCGCCACUGGCAGCGGCUUCCACCGAGCUCCCGUCCAGCCAGCAGCACCCAAGCCUUCCACCGCCAACUCUGACUACAGCCUGAUCCACGAACUUGUGAAACUGAACCUCGGCAACACUCCCACAGCUCCCUCUACUCCUCCAGCCGUCGCUUCGACCUCCUCGCCGUGGUCUUUGCCACCAGAUGAGCCUGCCUACCGUCCAGCGCCCGUUGGAGCCCGACGUGAACCUCUCCAGCCGGCUCAGCAGUACCAGAACCAUGGCAAUCUGUGGCGUCAGAACAGCCAGGAGUAUCAGCAACAGCAGCAACAGCAUCAACAGCAACAGCAGCUGGCCAACAUGCAGGAGCUCUUCGCGCAGCUGGUGGCUCAGCCUGAGCUGGCCUAUCUGAUGCCACAAGCCAAAGUCGCCAUGGCAAGGAGGAACAGUAACGCUGUUCAGCUGCACGCCAGACUCGAGGAGGUCAGCGAGGAGUACCGCCAGCUUGAGGUGAGCUCAGAAGCAAUUAGCUCAGUUCUAUCCAUCUCACCUAUUUUUUCUGAGAAAAAAAUGAUGAAAUUUUCAGAAGGAACGCAAGCAAACUGAAGCGGAACUGGCGCGGCACCAUCUCGGCAAGAAGAUUAGCUCCUCGAACGGAUUGCCGAUCCCGAGGCUGCCGACGGCACCGUCACGCGUCGACCGACUCAUCGUCGACUUCUUCCGCGAGCACGCCCGCAUCUGCACCCUCCUCACCAAGAUGGAGCAGCUCCGCGAGCAGCAACUCCCUGUCGCCGUCCAUCAGGCUUUGGAAGGUUCGAGAUGAUCUUUUAGAAAUUUUAUCAUCUUUGAAUCCUCUUCAGAGCUCAUGGACGCCAUCACCGUCCUUCAGCACCACCGCAACCACGAGCGCAGUGCAAUCCUCCAGCAACUCCGUGGAGAGACCGUCCGUUAUGAUGAGGAGAAAGGUUGGUUUUCAGAAAGAGAGCAGUCCAAGGAUCAUUUUUUCUGAAGCUCUUGAAGCUCCUCAAAGUGGUAGUUCUCACUAGAACCAAUUCUCAGUGACUCUCAAAACUUUGUAGCUUUCACAUUUUAUAAAAUGAAGAACUUUCAGAAUCGGCGGCACUGAUCCAUUCCCUGCAAGUGGUGCGACGAGCGGCGACCCGAGCAAGAGCCGCCAACUGGUGUGGACUCGUCUGGACCCUCGGAGCCGAGGAUUUGGCCCAGCAGGCGACCUACGAGAGGCUCGUCGCCUCGGACUUCACCAUCGCCCCGCCUCCAAUCCGUCCCCGACCCGUCAAGAAGUGA